AUGUGUUGCAAGUUAGCCUUCUCAUGGACUCUCUGGCCUCUCGUCUUCCUGGUUGUGAAGCAGGCCUCUGGCAUCCACGCAGGUGAUGAGGACAACGAUUGCCAAGCCGCAGAGACGUCCUUCCUCCAGACGCAAGCAGGCUUGGGAGGACAUCUCAGCACCUUCGUCGCGUCGGGUGCCUCUGACGUCCCUGAAGCGACAAUCCAGGUGUCGUGGCACUUGGUCGGCAUCAUCACCCAGCUUAGCCUGCCUCUGACCCUGGCCUUCGUGCUGUGCUGUUGGCGUGGCGGCGUGGCCCUACAAUGCCCGAGGACGGCUGCUCUCACCGGCUUCUCCUUUCUGGCUGUUCUUGGCGUCUUCGCCCAGCACGUGGAACUUCAGCCCCUGAGCUGGGACGGCUGCCUGCUGGUGCUCUGCGGCUGCCUGCUGAGCCUGGCGAGACAUCCACCGACGGAGCCCGGUCCCCAGCCCCUUCCCAACCUUCGCGACGGAGGGAGCAAUUUUCUCCUUUACUCGCCGAAAACAGCGCUUCAAUGGAUGCUCCUGCGGGUAGCACGUGUUUAUCCGGUGUAUUGGUUGGUGCUCAGCUUGGAAGAUGUCUGGGACGGGCAAGUUGCUGGAGCAGACUGGAUCCUGAACCCUUUUCAUCUCAUCUCUAUGUGUGUGAGCACUUUCGUGCGAAUCGCGGUCCAUGAGCCCAGGCGGGUGUUUCUCUUGCAGGGAGUGCCUGGGGGCACCGUUCCCACCUUCUGGGUGUUGCACGUGGUGGUCAUAGUCUACCUCUUAAGCCCUUUCUUGGAGUUCUGUCUGUUCCGGCCCAUCUGGACUCAGAGAGGGCUCUUGGCCAUGGCUGGCGUGUGCAUCACUUCCAAGAUGGUGGUUGUUGCUUUCGCCGUGGUCAUCCUCAACGAUGGAGGCUUUGAGAAGGACCCCUGGUAUCGGCACAGCUUCCUUGGCUUUGAGGUGCCCUGGUACAGCUUCGCGCUGUUCCGACUUCCGGAGGUUGCCCUGGGCAUGCUCAUCCCUUACAUCGCUGCCGAUGCUCCGGGGCUUGUUACGGCCGCAGACGUGCUGGCGGCCGUUGUGCUGGUCUUCACGUUUCUGCCACAGACGCCAUUCACGUCCCUUUGCAGCGACAUGAACCUACAAUGCCCCGUGACGGCCUGGAUUCUUUGGGCCUUGUGCUUCGGAUCUCGUAAGAGCAUGCUCGGGCAGUUGCUCAGCUCCAACUUCCUCGUGCAGCUUGGAAAAGUCAGCUACGGCUUCUACGUUUUUCAGCAGCCCGUGCUACAAACCGUCGGCCUUUUCUACCCGUCCUCAGGUGGAAAGAGCUCUCGCCACCUGUGGCACCAUAGCCUUGGGGACCUUAUGGACCUGGUCCUCACUGUGGUGACUUUGCUGCUCCUAGGCUGGCUGUCCCGCCAUGUGGUGGAAGACCCCGGCAAGUGGUUCGCACGGAAACUUUUGGGUCUGGAGCCCUCCACUGUCCCCUUUCAAAGGAGGUGGUUGCAGGCCGCUGACGUGUUCCGGAGCAUGGUGCAGAUGAUGGUCUACGCCUGGCCCAUGACUCUUUCCUUGGACCUGGUGGCCACUUGGCACUUUGGCGCCGCCGCUUCAGGGUUCUUCCUGUCCUGGGACCAGAUUGGCAACGUUCUGGGCCUCCUCGUCGGCCAGCUCCUUGGCAAUGCCUCCUACGACUCCCGGCGCCGGCUUAUCAUACUUUGCCCUCUCUUCGCUGGGGGCUUCUCGCUGCUCAUGCCGCACAUGCUCCACCUGGGGGGGACCCGGGGCUACUAUGCAGGGCUAGUCUUGCGAUUCCUCGUUGGACUGCUUCAGGGCAGCUGCAUUACGAACAGUGCCAUCACCCGGGUCCUGACGCCUCGCGACGAGCAGGUGGGGCUCUCCAUGUUCGUGAAUGUCAGCUGGACCGGCGGCGUUGUGAUGGGUGCCGGCUUGCCGUGGGUCAUCUCCACACUGUGCAAGCUCUCUGAGAUCAGCCCUCCCGUCUCGGCCAUGGACCGGUCUUGCGCCUGCGCCAUGGCCUGCGGCGGCCUUUUGAUGCUGGUGUCCUGCAUGAACGCGGUGAGCUUGCCACGAAGCAUGGAAGGGCUUCCGACCUACGAGGAGCCCACCCAGGAGGAUGCCGAAGAGGCUACUGUGGCUGAAAGCAACCCUGGGAAGCUGCCCAACUCCUGGAUUACACUGACAGGGCUCUUCUGCCAGUUCCUGGGCUCCGUGGGCUAUACCGGCGUGGAGGUGUCAAGCUCCCUUCUACUCGAGGUGCAGUUCUCGUGGGGCAUCGAUGCAAUCAGCUUGGGCGUCAGCGUGGUGUACAUGGUUGCGGCGUUCGGCAGCUUGCUGAUGUUCCAGCUGCGCGAGAACCUAAGCAUCAGUGACAACCUUCUGGUCGUUGUCAUGUCCAUCGCAGGCCUCAUAGGUUGCCUAUCAUUCUACGACUUCAUCAAUGGCCCGUACAUCCUGCUUAUUGGCAGUGGAAUCAUUUAUCCGUGUAUGAUUUGCUGUGUGGGGAUCGCUGAGGGCAAUACAUUCCUUCACGCUAAAGAUGGGACCUGGCGUUCCAUGGAGAACCUGGUGACGCUGUCCUACUUGACAGAUGCAUGGUCCAAAUCCAUCUCACCCCCUGUGACCCGCGGAAUGAUGGAAGCCUUCGGUCCCAAUGUCUUCGCAACAUAUCAGCUGCUGAUCCUGUCUUCUCAGUGGUAUGCGCUGGAGAAAGUACUGCAAGCCACGUGA